CCGAUGGCGAGGUGCCGGGUGUCGGCCGCGCCGCGCGUGGCGCUGCUGGGCGCCGCGUACGUCCUCUACGUGCUGCUGGGCGCCCUCGUGUUCACGGCGCUCGAGGCCCCCAGGGAGCGCGACAACAAAGUGGCCCUCAGGGAGAGACUCGCGGCGCUCGGCAGCGAGGCGGGGAACGGCUCCUGCCGCUCUGCCGAGCUCAGGGAUGCGCUGGUGGCGCUCGUCGUGGAGGCGCGGAUCUACGGGGUGAUGGGCGCCGACGGAACUAUCUCCAACCUCACCAAUUGGGACUACAACAGUGCCAUCUUCUUUGCAGGGACCGUCGUCACCACCAUUGGCUAUGGGAACUUGUCCCCCGCCACCGUGGGGGGCAAGGUGUUCUGUAUCAUCUUUGCCACCUUCGGGAUCCCGCUCAACGUGGUGGUGUUGAACAAGGUUGGCCAGGUCAUCCUGCGUGGCCUCGACUGGAUCGCGGAAGUCUUGAGAAAAAAGGGGCUCAAAAAGAGCUCAAUCCGGCUCCUGACCACGAUGGCCUUCGUGGGCCUGGGGUUCAUGAUCUUCGUGCUCUUCCCAGCCGUAAUCUUCAUGGCGGUGGAGGGGUGGAGCUACACCGAGAGCUACUACUUUUCCUUCGUCACACUCAGCACCAUCGGCUUCGGGGACUACGUGGUCGGAAGCAACCCGAGUGUCCACUACACGCCGCUCUACAAGACCAUGGUGGCCAUGUGGAUCAUCUUUGGCCUCGCCUGGCUCUCCGCAGUCUUCAACGCCAUCACCGCUCUGCUGGAGCGUGUGGGCAAGGGCCUGGCGAGACGGGACCGAAGGGACCUCGGCUCGGAAGGGGGCAUUGCUAUUGUGGACCCUGGCCACCCUAGCCAUGGAGAUACAACGGGAGACCAUGGACAGAUGGGGGAGAUGGGGAAAGAAAUCCACCAGGUCCCCAAUUCUGGAGGAGAAACAGGAGGAGGAGGCCCUAUUCCAGGAGUGAGCACAGAGAAAGGGGCCAUCAAGGACCCUGGUCCAGGAGGUGGUACGGAGAAAGAUGACCUCAAGGACUCUGGUCCAGGAGGUGGUACGGAGAAAGGGGACCUCAAAGACUCUGGUCUAGGAGGGGAUACAGAGAAAGGGGACCUCAAAGACUCUGGUUCAGGAGGGGAUACAGAGAAAGGGGACCUCAAAGACUCUGGUUUAGGAGGGGAUACAGAGAAAGGGGACCUCAAAGACUCUGGUCUAGGAGGGGAUACAGAGAAAGAGGACCUCAAAGACAAUGGUCCAGGAGGGGAUACAGAGAAAGGGGGCCUCAAAGACCUCGGUUCAGGAGGGGGUUCAGAGAAAGAGGACCUCAAGGACUCUGAUCCAGGUGAGGAUACAGAGAAAGGGGACCUCAAUGCCUCUGGUCCUGGAGGGGGUGUGGAGAAAGGGGACCAUGGUCCUGAAGGAGGUAUGGAGAAUGGGGGCUCUGUGGGCAGUGAUACCCCUGACAAGCCCAACCUCGCUGAGGCACAAACAGAAAGGGACGACAUUUAA